CUCGAGAUCGCUCCGAACGGCUUGAGACCGAACGUAAACUCGAGAGGGGCUCCGAACGGAAAUCUCGCGAGACCGAACGCGAACUAGAGAUUCUCCGAACGCAAAGCUGGCGAGACGGGAGGCGAGUCCGGGGAGCUGGGAUGAGAGGCGAACUGUAAGCACCGAACACAAACUGUGAUAUGACUCUUGUACACAUGGUUGACGUUCACAACAGAAUGCUCAGACAAUAUGCAAACCGAAUGAUGGAAUCUGGUUGUUCUGAAUUUGUUUGGUCGGUUACCAAUCAUAACUUUUAAGAACUCCUUAAAAAUGCAAUAAUGAUUGACAAAUUAAACAAUACAUCACAAUGAGAAAAAAAAACUAUUGAGGUGCAGCAAAAGACUGCUAAAUUAGCCAAUUAAUGCCCUUUAAAUUGCAACAGCCCGCAGGAGAGGGCAGAAGGCCAGACAGUUCAAGCAAGACAACCAGCUUGACAUCUAGCCUGCCACGGUAUCAAGCCCAAAUUCUUCUGAUAUGGAACCCAUGGAGGGUAGCAGCCAGAAUGCAUCAAGUUGGACACGCACAAAGAGGCAGAGGCAGCCCAGGACUUUUAAGUCAACAAGGAGUCUGCAUACAGGCUCUGAGAGGAAAUAUGCCCAAAGUUUCUGCCCAGAGGAGAAUGCAGCACUAGUCACAAAACUCUGCCAGUACUACAAUUAUAUUUUGGGGGAAGCAGCCAAGAAAACAACAUCAUCUAAAAGAAAUCAUCUGUGGAUGGAAAUAGUUGAUGCAGUCAAUGCCGCUGGUGGGAAUAAUCGGACUUUAGAUGUGGUAAAGAAACGAUAUUCUGAUAUAAGGCGCAUGGUAAAGAAGAAGAUGUGUAGAGCUGCAGCUGCCUCCAGGAAUACAGGAAGUAUUAAUGCACAAAAACCUAGCUUGUUUCCAUACGAGGAGGAGUUUCUACAAUUCAUGGGGAGAAAUUCCCUGCUUGGCAUCGAAGGGAUGUUUGAAAAUGAUAAUCAAGAUGCCAAUCACUCACUAGAAGAAGAAGGUGAAAGAGAAAUUAUGAGCUCUGCAGAAGAUGAUCCGCUUGGUCCAUAUUUUACUGCUAAGGAGACGGCAACUGGUCAAGCUCCCGUCUCCCGGGAGGGAGCUUCUGGCUUCAUUCACUUCUCACACCAAUGUUCCCAUGAGUGAGGAAAAUGACGAGGCACAAACCAUUGUUCAGAUAGCAGUGGAUCCCACUUCCGUGAAGCAGGAGUCGACAUUCGUGGCCAUAGAGACUCCACAGCUUCCUCAGACGUCACCCAACAUGGCUGCGCUUUACAACAUUCUCCAGACACAACAGUCAGAAUUGGAAAAUUCUGUACUACAGGAUAGGGACAGACAGAAGAAGUCAUUAGAGAUGGUAAUGACACAGCUAACUACUUUUGCCAGUGCUGUUAAUAUGGACGUUGGGUCAAUCAAGUCAACCUUGUCUUCUAUUGACAAUAGUCUAAAGCACCUAGUGGAGUUAUGGGAGGAAGAUUGCAUUCUUCGGCGUGUUCAACUUGCUCACAGUUUGAGCAUAAGCCUUGCUGGCUUGAAUGACCUAGUUGAGGAAGAACGUGCGCGGAGGUUGUACAGAAGGGAUGAUGAUUUGCACGUCUGCAAGUAGAAUAUAAACUAAUUUGAUGCAUUUCCUAGGCCAUUAUCAUUUUCUCUGUUUCAUUUGAUUGUUACUAUUCUUCCUACCAGUUCUAAUUGGGCAUUCUCCUCUGACAAAUCU